CAGAGACUGCGGACAGUACAGGGAUGACCAGAGACUGCGGACAUAGUACAGGGAUGACCAGAGACUGCGGACAGUACAGGGAUGACCAGAGACUGCGGACACAGUACAGGGAUGACCAGAGACUGCGGACACAGUACAGGGAUGACCAGAGACUGCGGACACAGUACAGGGAUGACCAGAGACUGCGGACACAGGGAUGACCAGAGACUGCGGACACAGUACAGGAGACCAGAGACUGCGGACAGUACAGGGAUGACCAGAGACUGCGGGACACAGUACAGAAGAUGACCAGAGACUGCG